GGCGGCGGCGGUGCAGUAGUUUCAGUAUAAACAAGGAACGCGCCUGGGCAGGCGGGUUUUUUUUUUUCCUUCUUCCCGCGCGCUUUAGCUCCAGGUCCUCUGGUCGCAUUUGUGAGCUCGCGGAAAACAACCAGGAGGUGGAGGAUCCCGGGUCCAUCUGCGGGAAAGCAUGCCUCAGACACCUCCCUUCUCAGCCAUGUUUGACAGCAGUGGUUACAACCGAAACCUCUACCAGUCUGCGGAGGACAGCUGUGGAGGGCUGUAUUACCAUGACAACACCCUCCUCUCCGGAUCUUUGGAAGCACUCAUCCAGCACUUAGUGCCCAACGUGGAUUACUACCCGGAUAGGACAUACAUAUUCACCUUCCUGCUCAGUUCUCGGUUAUUCAUGCAUCCAUAUGAGCUGAUGGCCAAAGUUUGCCACUUGUGUGUUGAACACCAGAGACUAAGUGAUCCUGAUAGUGAUAAGAACCAGAUAAGAAAAAUCGCACCCAAAAUUCUUCAACUCCUGACAGAAUGGACAGAAACAUUUCCUUAUGAUUUUCGGGAUGAAAGAAUGAUGAGAAACUUAAAGGAUCUGGCUCACCGAAUAGCCAGUGGCGAGGAGCAGACAUACCGGAAGAACGUCCAGCAGAUGCUGCAGUGUCUCAUCCGCAAACUUGCUGCCCUCAGCCAGUACGAGGAAGUCCUGGCGAAAAUCAGCUCCACAUCCACAGAUCGGCUCACAGUUCUCAAGACCAAGCCACAGUCCAUACAGAGGGAUAUCAUCACUGUCUGCAGUGACCCUUACACGUUGGCCCAGCAGCUGACUCACAUAGAGCUGGAGAGGCUCAAUUAUAUUGGACCGGAAGAAUUUGUUCAGGCAUUCGUGCAGAAGGACCCUUUGGACAAUGACAAGAGUUGCUACAGUGAACAUAAGAAAACACGAAAUUUAGAAGCUUACGUGGAAUGGUUUAAUCGGCUCAGCUACUUGGUGGCUACAGAAAUCUGCAUGCCUGUAAAGAAGAAACACCGAGCAAGAAUCAUCGAGUAUUUCAUUGACGUCGCUCGGGAGUGUUUUAACAUCGGAAACUUUAAUUCCCUGAUGGCAAUAAUCUCUGGUAUGAACAUGAGCCCAGUCUCCCGGCUGAAAAAAACGUGGGCCAAAGUGAAGACUGCCAAGUUUGACAUUCUUGAGCAUCAGAUGGACCCUUCGAGCAAUUUCUAUAAUUACCGAACAGCUCUUCGAGGGGCAGCACAAAGGUCUUUAACUGCUCACAGUAGCAGAGAAAAGAUUGUGAUACCAUUCUUCAGCCUCUUAAUCAAAGAUAUUUAUUUCCUCAAUGAGGGCUGCGCCAACCGCCUUCCAAAUGGCCAUGUCAAUUUUGAGAAAUUUUGGGAACUGGCCAAACAAGUGGGUGAAUUUAUGACGUGGAAACAAGUGGAGUGUCCGUUUGAGAGGGACCGGAAGAUUCUGCAGUAUCUGCUGACAGUCCCAGUCUUCAGUGAAGAUGCUCUCUACUUGGCUUCGUAUGAGAGUGAAGGCCCUGAAAAUCACAUAGAGAAAGACAGAUGGAAGUCUUUAAGGUCAAGCCUCCUGGGCAGGGUUUAACACGUGGGGUCUGGCUGCUGUUGCUGUGCCGCUGGCUGCUGCCACUGCAUCCCCCAAAUCACGGAGGGGCCGGCCUUUGUUUUCGGGCAUGUGGUACUCGGAAGAAUCACCAAGACCCCGCAGUCAUUGGAGGGCUCCAGUCGGCUAAGCAAACAAGCUCACUCAAGAGCAGAUGAGGAACUUCUGCAGAUUGACUCCGAAUCUGUGAGACUGAAACGUUCCCUGAAGACGCUUGAGAAAGAAUCUUCUGAAGAUUCCGGCUCUGCCCAUGACUCAUCUCCUGGAAUUUCCAUGUGAAUCACAGCUCUGCACCUGGAUGGAGCUUUCUUUUAUGUGUGUGUUUUUAUUAUUAUUUGGUUGAACAUUUGCUGCUAAUGGGACUUGCCCAGCUGAGCACUGGCUCUUAGGAAGCCCAUGUUUCUUUGUUAACUUAAAUGGAAAAGGGAGAGGAGGGAGGGGAUCUAAAACCCUCCACAUGGAUCCCAGCCCUCAGCUCUGUCAGUGUUGCCUGAGGAAGGACAGAGGAGGACAGAGGAGGGACGCUGGGCUCUGCUCCCCUUAGUGUGCUGUGUUGUGAAUCCCUCUCCCUCCCUCUCUUCCCGCGAGGUUUUGAGUUGGCUGCUGGUUAGCAAACUCCUUUUUACCCGUAUAAGUUAUUUAAUAUAAUAAUGAAGCUCCACACUGUGGUAGGAAAAUAGCCACUAGGAAACUAAAAAAGCAGAGUUUGUCAGUGGUCUGCUUAACGUGCUAGAAGGACCUUUUUUUUAAUGCCCUUCUGAGCAGUUUACGAGUGACCACCAUGUUCUACAGAUGUAUUUUUCGGUAGGUUUUUGUUAUUUCGUUUUCCAUGAUGCCUAUUUUUUUUUUCCUCUUGUAAACUUAAAUGAUCUGACUUUAAGGGUCUUGGGAAAAUCCCUGGCAUAAUUACGGCUUAAUUUUUUUUCACCGACGAUUAUUUGUCAUUACUUUUUGGAGUCUGUUGGUGACUAACCAUGUCAACAAAGAAUAAAUUAAGUUACCACCACCCCCACUGUCGCAGUGAACAAAACAAAUGAAAAACACCUGACUGUUAACUCCGUGGCUGAUCUAAUUAUGAAAUAAUGCAGCUUGUUAAACAUCUAAAUGAGUCUGUAGCCGCUCUGCAAACCACUGUUCUAUUUACCCACUCUAGGAGAAACUGUAGAGUAGUAAUCCAUGCUGAGAAAAACAAAACAAAACACCGUGUUCAAAACAGAGAUGUAUCUGAAAACUUAAUGACGUGGUUCCAGAAAACAGAGCAUGUAUCCUAUGCCACUGCGCGUCAUCUCAGCAGACUAAAGUAUCUCUGAGUUGUCCCUUUACGGCAUCAAUAUAUUUUACACUUUGCGGCCAGGAGUUGUGGCUUGGUUGUUUUCUUUCACGGAUGGAAUUGGGGGUGGGGGGGGGCUGCUGUAGUCUCCACAGAUCAGCUCAAAUGACCUGCUAACGAUGUGUCCUUCCUUGAGGAAGUUGCCUUGGGAGUAUGCCUGUGGGCAUUUAGUAUCUAAGAAUGAAUAACAGCAACCAUUUAAUAAAAAUCAUUCGCCAGGCCUUUAA